GUUUUUUUUUUUUUAAUCAUUUUUUUUUAUUUCAGUGCACAUCACAUCCACAUCUUGUUGUCAUAAAAUUUCACGCUGGUAUUCAUCGGCACGCAGAGAAAACAAAUUACACAACCCAAACAAACAAUGAAGCUAGUGAAUUUCCUUGUUCUGAAGACUUCAGUAGACUUUUUAAAUAGAGUAUAAUUUGGCAUUUUGUGUUUUCCUGAAGAACUGAAUUCCAAUCUACCGUCAUGGUAUUUUCAAGCAUCACAUCAGUAUAUAACUCAUAAUAAUGAUUUUUCUUUUUUUUUUGGAGUUUAGAGAAGAUCUGCAGAAUAAGACAGCUAGCACAGGACCAUACUUAGUCCCAGCGAGUCUGUCAAUCUCCGCAGACAGUGAUGCCAAGCAGUGCCCACAAAUUUACAUAUUGUUAUCCGUGAAUUAACAAAGAAUGUCCGGGACUUCAUGAUAAUUCAAUCAUAACAUUUUUCUUGGUUUGUAUUAGAUAUAUUGCUCUGCUAUUCUCUAACUGGAAAACAGAAAAAGUAUUUUUUUUCUCUCUCUAUAGAGGACCUUCGGACACCUUCAUUAAUGAUCCACGAGAGACCUGUGAGCACUGGCAAAAUUUGACAAUAAAGGCAGGGGGCUAGAGCUCUUACCCCUGGGGUUGAAGCUAUAGAUUAUUUGAGUACUGCUACAGAAUUGGAAAUCUCAGUGUAAAAGUGAACCCCUGUGAGAUUGAGUGGGUUGAACUGAUAGUGUCAAUCGCUGAAAAAUCACAGUGCCUUCUGUAACCAGAUAUGACAUUUAUCCUCUGUGAUGUGCAGUCUGUAGCCCACUGGACAUUAUUUUUUUUGCUAUGUUUCGGGGUUCAGUGAUUUUUAGGAGGAUUCAAUGAUGCGCGUCCAUUGUUCCUGCGGUGCAGCAUUCUGCACCAGUAAUACGUACGUACCAGUGCAACGCAGAAGGGGCCAGAAUAAAGAACACAUGAAGUUUUCACCUUUAGGAAAGUUUAACUAUUUCCACGAUCAUUUGAAAAUGCCAUCAAACGAUGCUCGGAGUAACGCCCACAAGACAGCCAUGGCAAUUGUGCAAGAGCUGGGCUCCGAGAGUAAUGCUCAUGGUCUCGCCAAAAUUGCCAUGUCGGGAAAAACGAAACGAAAGGUCAUGUGGUCUUUGUUGGUGAUCAUUGGAUUUACCGCCGCCGCAAUUCAUCUGUCGUUCCUUGUGAUUAAAUAUCUGCAGUAUAAUGUAGUGGAAGUUUCGGAAAUGAAAGACGGAAUGCCAGUGGAGUUUCCGUCGGUUACGAUUUGUAAUACGCAAGCAAUGUCUCUUACCAAACUAAAGCAGAGGAUGAAUCAAAAUCUGGACAUCACGGACUGGAUCAAUUUUAUAUAUGAGGCAAAGUUUGGUGAACAUUUCUCUCGUGUGGAAUCUAUACAGGGGUUUUAUGAGAACUUAUUCCAGGAGGCUCAUAACGUGGGCCACGAAAUAAACGACACCCUUCUUCACUGUCGAUUUAAUCAAAUGCCCUGUUAUCCUCACAACUUCACGAGAUAUUUUGAUGGAAAAAAUUACUACAACUGUUACACGUUCAACAGUAAACUCGGUAAACACGGGAUGCAGUAUAUGCACACUACAGGGCCCCAGCAUGGUCUGUCAAUUGUCAUGGCACUGGAUAAUGAUGACCCACCACUGGGGAGCUAUGGUCUCUAUAACCAAGAAAGCAAUGUAGGCCACACGGCGGGCCUGAGGGUGCAGGUUCACGCCCCCGAGACGAUGCCCAGCCCGAUGGAUCAUGGUUUCGAUAUUCCGCCUGGUUACUCCUCCUCUGUUGGUCUAAAAGCGGUCAUGAAUUCUAGGAAACCAUAUCCCUAUGGAAACUGUACGUACGACCGACUGAAAAGAUACCCCAAAUACAGAAACACCAUAUUCUCCUGUCUGCAACUGUGUAAGCAAGAGAUCGUGAUCAGAGAGUGCCAUUGUAAAACCUCUGGCCUGCCUCAGACAGCCAGUCAGGGCAAUCUCUCCUACUGCGGAACAUUCCAGAACUGGCAGUCUCUGUUUCUCACACUCAGCAAGUCCGGCACGUUUAACAGGACGCAUCUGUAUAACAGGAAGCUGGACUGCGAAGUUAAGGUCCUCCAUCGUCUGUCUAACGACCGUAGUUACGAAGUGGGGUGCCAGUGUUUUCAGCCGUGUCAAGAGACCUCCUACCAGAAGUCCUUGUCGUUGUCAUACUGGCCCCUCGAGUUUUACCAGUACAACGCUCUACAAACUUUCUAUGGGAUUUUAGACGACACCGAGAGAAUCAACAACUCCUUCAUGUCGGAGGCCUAUUACAAUCUUCAUGAAAUUAUCAAAAAAUACGAGCCUUUGGCCAGAAACAUGACAGCGGAAAAUCAACAACAGAUGCUGUACGCCGAUAUACCAAUGGAUGAACGGCAGAGACAAAUCCGAGCUACUCAACUAAUUCAUCAAAAUUUACUUCGUUUAAAUGUUUACUUAGAAGAUUUAAGUGUCAUAGAAUUCAAGCAGAUGGCUGACUAUGACAUUGCCGAUUUGUUGUCAGAUAUCGGCGGAACUCUGGGCCUCUGGAUGGGAAUAUCCAUUUUGACAAUAAUGGAGCUAGUGGAACUCACCAUCCGACUUUUAGGCCUGCUAUUCAAAUCCGAAAACAAAUACCCAGAUCACCAUGACGACCAUGGAUCGGCCAAUGGGAUCUUAGAACACACUGCUGAUCGGAUGAUUUAUCCUCACGAGACUUACGAUCCAUAUACUCAGCCCGAGUUUCAGAGUUUUGAAAAAAAUGACUACGGGCGGACUAUAAACAGUGACCCUCCCGAUUCACCCGUCUGAUUUUUUCCCAUAUCACUUUACUAUACCUUCCAUGGAAUUUAACAAAGGAAUCUAAUAUGGGAAUUAACAUUGGGAAUCAUUGGUGUUUAAAACUUGUCUGUGAUAUAUUUUAUAAAUAUUAAUUUAAUAUCUUUUUGGGUUGACCGUCUGGGUUCAGUUUAGUGUUCCAGCUCGUGACCAGACUCAGUGUAAUAACUCUCUCUGAUCGCAUUGUGUGUUAAAUCAACAGACUCUGACCUGUGUGAACUGUAACUAAAAAGAUACUAUUUGUUUACACCCUCCACCCUCCAGUUUGACCUAUGGGUAGAUGAGUAGUCACAAAUUGGACUUAUGGGUAAAUGCACAUGUCACAAUAAAUUUGAUCUACAAAUACCUCAUAAAAUCUUAUAAAACAUGAAAAUGCUUUUAUAAAUCAUUCAAAGCAACUGUCACUAAUGGCAUCCGAUGAGCAGCUAUUUCCAAAAAAUCCCAACACAUUUGAGCUAUGUUUAUAUUCCAACAUGAUUUUUUGACAUGAAAAACUAAAAAAAAAAUCUGUGGCGGACAGUGUUAUAUGCCAAAUGAACAUCACAGAGCUACAUUACAUCAAUAACAUGAACAUCACAAUGCCAAUCCAACAUGCAGUUAAUAACUAAAGAAAAAUGUUAACAACUUGUUGACUAAUAAGCACAGGGGUGUCUCAGAGGGAGAUGGGAUAUAUUUCAAUGGUAUAUACCUAUAAAAUAACAUUUUCAACAUGAAAAUAAGUAUACUAAAUCUUUAUUUUUGAUACCCAUUAUGUGUUGAAAAUAAACAGGGUGCAGACUGUAUGGAAUCAUAUCAAUUAUUUAAACGCUGAAUAUUGUUUAAAUUGUAAUUCUUUUUUUAAAUGGUCAGUAGAAAGGGAGAUAAACUUGUUCUGAGUUGCAUAGAAUAUAUACCCAACAGUCCAAACCCAGCACAUUUAGAAUGUGAAGAUACUGAUGGAGAUUUAUUCUGACCAUGUGUUAUUCGUACCUAAUUAUCAACUAACAUUUUCUCUGACAUUUAAAUGUCCAGCAUUGACUGGUUUCCCGUUGGCCACUGAAUGAGGUCUGUUACAUCCUAGUAGCGUCACCGAGCAGAAGAGCCAAAACUGUGAGUGCUGUACAUUAGGAAGCCGACAGUCAAGCAUUCCUACGUGUGAUCAUUAAAUCAUCAUAUCCCACUUAAAAUACUCUGCAUCGUCAUGACAUCUGGGCGUUUAUCUCAUACCAUAGUCGUCCUAAUAUAUGUCACGAAUCGUGAGAAUGAAGAAAAAUAACUAAGAAAUGAUUUAUCAAAAAGCUGUACAAAUUCCAGAUUGACAGGCUUUUUUAACAUUGCACUUGUUCUGACUGCACUGAAUGUUACUAAAUACCUGUGACUGAGUUAAAAGUUGCUGAAUGCCUGAGAUGCUGGUUAAUGGGGUGAUUGAAUACAAUGAAAUUUAUCAAGGACAUCAUUGGGGAGGUGGAGAGGGGGAGUCGGUCAUCAUUUAACAUUUAAAUCCACGAGUUCUUGAAGACUGCUGCGUAUAUAUAUACAUGUAUAUAUAUACAUGUAUAUAUAUAUAUAUAUAUAUAUAUAUACAAGACCCAUGCAAGGAGAAUUCUAUCUCAUAUCACACAAAGCAUUAUUAUGACCUUUAAUUUGGAUUUUAUACAUAUAUCAUUAUUUUAUACAUAUAUCUCAUUAUUUUAUGCUACAUUUCCAUUUCUCAUCAUCUACCUCAAUAUGUACUGUAUAUUACAAUACAAGUAUAUUAAUCGCUGACGUGAGUACUUUUCAGCAGAUUUCUAUCUGACCACUACUGACAGAUCAAAAGAUACAUCAUUCUGCAAAUUUACUUUGGUACAUUGGAUUGUACAAAAUAAUUGUUAGAGAAAUUUGUGAAAUAGUUUGUAUAGACUGUUAAAAUUGCCACAUCUGUGGUAAAUCAAUUUUCAGUAAUUGAAUCCAAAUUUACUUUUGAAUUCUGAACCAAAUCUGGAUUUUCAUAUUUAAAGAAAUUUGAUGUCAUUAACAUACAAUGUAUCAGUAAAAUUGAAAUCCCUAAACUUUGUCCUCCAAAUUUUCAUUAAAUUGAAAUAUUCUGUGUAAAUCAUGAUUGAUCAAGACAUAUAUAGAAAUUAAACCUGAUACACUGUAUACAGGAAAUCUUUUCUCUCGGGAUUAUUUCUGGGAGUCUUCUGAUUAUUAUCUAUAAACUAGAGAAUUCCAGGAAAAAUUUGUAUACUUUUGUGAUUGUUUUAAAACUCAAUUUUUUUUUUCAAAUAUGUUGAAAUAUUCAUUCAAAGCAUGUUUUAAAAUCAUAUCAUCUCAAUUGUUAUUGUAUUAAAAAAAAGUGAUAGUUAUACACACGACUGAAUAAAAAUACCAAUACCAAA